CGCAGUGUCUCUACCACAAACACGUGUUGUGAGCCGCUGUAGUAGCGAAGAUCCCACAGCUUCUCUGGUAUACGAAGCGAUUUCUUUAGUUUAAUUGCUAAACUCUAUACAUUUUCUGUUUAGUUAAGUAGUACUGUCCUCCGUGAAGCUCUUGCCGAGAGGACCCGUGUGUUUGUAAGUCGGUAACAGGCCAAAAUACAACAGACAUAAUGACUGAAGCUGAAGUGAACCCGAAAGCCUAUCCUCUGGCAGACGCCACGCUCUCCAAAACCAUCUUGGAUCUGGUUCAGCAGGCGUCGAACUACAAACAGCUGAGAAAGGGGGCUAAUGAAGCCACCAAAACUCUUAACCGUGGGAUUUCUGAGUUCAUCGUGAUGGCUGCCGAUGCUGAACCUCUGGAGAUCAUCCUGCACCUGCCGCUGCUGUGUGAGGAUAAGAACGUGCCGUAUGUGUUCGUGCGCUCUAAACAAGCUCUGGGACGUGCGUGUGGGGUGUCAAGACCUGUCAUCGCCACAUCGGUCACCAUCAAGGAGGGAUCGCAGCUGAAACCUCAGAUUCAGUCUGUGCAGAUGGCUAUUGAAAGACUCCUAGUUUGAGCUGAUAUUUUUGUUUUUAUAAAUGAUCUUUUUGUACAAUCCUUCAGAGGUUUUUUUUUUUUUUUUUUUUAAAGAAUCAAAUAAUGUUGAGUGUGUUUCUCAGCUAUUGACUGCCGGAAUAAAGUUCGGUUGAAAUCAAA